CCAUAGGUUCGGUUGCGCUGUCAAGUCUGUCCGAAAGCAAGAAUCCUCAGUAGAGUGCUCUCUAUGUGGAGAAAAUACAAAUUGUUUUCUAUUCAGAGACGUGAUUUCAGUUCACAUUUCUCUCGAGACUUUUGGGAUUAUUAGCGAAAUAUAUACACCUACCAGGUGGUCUUAAAAUCUGUGACUAUGACGACCUUAGAUGACAAGCUGCUUGGAGAGAAACUACAAUAUUACUAUAGCAGCAGUGAGGAUGAGGAGAGUGACAAAGAGGAAGAUGCACCUGGAAAUAAGAAUGUUCGAAAUUCUGAUGAUCUUGAAGUAGAGUAUAGUAAUGAUGGGAGUGCCAUUAAUACAGGCCCAAAAGGUGUGAUAAAUGAUUGGAGGAAAUAUAAACAGCUGGAAAAUGAGCAAAGAGAAGAGCAGCGCAAUGAAAUGGAGAGACUGAUCAAGAAACUGUCUAUGUCCUGCCGCUCCCAUUUGGAUGAGGAAAGGGAGAAGGAGCAACAAAAAGAACUUCAAGAGAAGGUGAAUGGCAAGCUGACACUUCAUGAAUAUAACAUGCUACAAGAAGAAGACGAUGAAGAUUUUCUGCAACAGUACAGAAAGCAACGGAUUGAUGACAUGAGGAGGCAGCUGUGCAGCAAGAAGAGGUUUGAGCAGGUAUUUGAGUUACAGAGCACGCAGGAUUUCUUGGACACAGUGGACAAAGAAGAGAAGAACACCCUUGUGAUAAUUCACAUUUAUGAAGAUGGCAUUCCUGCCUGUGAGGCUAUGGCCGGCUGCAUGAUUUGCUUGGCCACAGAAUAUCCACUCAUUAAAUUUUGCAAAGUUAAAAGUGCGGUCAUUGGAACUAGCUCCAGGUUCACUGAAAAUGCCCUGCCAGCACUUCUCGUUUACAAGAGUGGCGACCUGAUUGGCAACUUUGUGCGCAUCACUGAUCAGCUUGGAGAGGACUUCUUUGCGGUGGACCUGGAGGCUUUUUUACAGGAGUACGGCCUCCUGCCUGAUAAAGAUGCCAUUUUACCUUCAUCGAUACGCAACUCCUCCGUGGCAUGUGUCGCACACAGCGAUGACGACAGCGAUCUUGAAAUUGAUUAGUUUCAAAAUGACUUUCUAACUGAAGCAGAAAGACGUAACGUGAGACUGCAAAAACAGUCAAGUUAUGCUAAAAUUGAUGUUGGUUUCUUUAUUUAAGACCGUUAACAUCUCUGAAUUUUUUUUUCCAAUCUUUUGUUUAUUGUAAAUGGAGUUUGAGAAAAAUGACAAAUAGAAAAUAUUCAAGCAAGAAUAGCAGUAAACCGAGAUGCUACAACACAAAGGGAAGCUUUUUUAAAACACUUUUUUUUUAGGUAAAAUCUUUUGGUUUUGAUGAGAAUUUUGCAAAUAAUCCUAGCAAAAGACAAAGUAAAGCUUGUAGGGCCUGGCAUGACAUUUUGACACAGUAGCUCAUUUUGUUUAAUACUUCCAUUAAAAGUUACAUUUUGGGGUUAUUUAUUUAAAAAUGUAUUAAUUUAUCACUUUUGUUUAAUUCAAACAAAGCAUCUCUGUUGUAAAUUUUCAUUUUUCAAUCUGUUUUAUAUUGAGUGCUAAUAAACAGAUGCUCACAAUGCAGUAUA